AUGAAUAAAGACACAACUUUGGAAUUGAAACUAGUCAACCUUAUGAGUUUUUUGAGAUCUGAGGUAGAAAAUGAACAAAAAAUAUCUUUAGCUAGCGAUGGUUUUGGUUUAGCACAGAAUUUUAGUAACUUAAAUUUAAAAUCUGAUAGCGAGCAUGUUCGUAAACGCAAUGUCAAGAGGGAACCUUUAUUUUACACUGCUGCUGGUUUGUUAAAUAGUACAGAUGUUGUCAAAUGUUUGUUUUGUGAUGGAGCACAUGAGAGCACUUCUUGUUUUAAGGCACAGAAAAUGAAUCUAGAAGAAAAGAAAAAUUGUUUGUCUAAACAUAAGGCAUGUUUCUUUUGUUUGAAGGGGGGUCAUCAGGCGAGGAAAUGUCGCACACGUUUAAGAUGUAUUUUAUGCAGCAAAUCCCAUGUUCCACUUAUGUGUCCUAACCUUUCUACCAGAAAAUUUCCUGAUCUGACAGAUAAACAAAAUGUUGAUAAUACUCCAAAGGACCAAACUUUAAGUAAUUUUACUCACACUCAUGUUUUUAUUCAAACUGUUCGAGUUAAUCUAAAGGGUCCUAAUGGUACUUGUGUUGUGAGAGCCUUAAUUGACAGUGGUUCACAGAGGUCGUAUCUUUUGAAGUCUGUAGCUUCAGCUUUGGGUUUGGAAGCCAAACGAAGGGAAAAAAUCGUUCAUUGUCUUUUUGGAGGUACUGAAUCAAAUAGUACACACUUUUGUUAUGAUGUUUUAGCAAGUCAUGGAGACUACACUUAUAAUAUGGAAGUUUUAGAUCAGUCGUAUAUUUGCAACGAAAUACCUUCAGCUAUUUAUGGUCCAUGGACUCAGGAAUUAAAGUCUUUAAAUAUUGAAUUAUCUGAUACGGAAGGUAGUGGUCCGAUUGAACUUUUAUUGGGGUUAAAUGUUGCUGAUAUUUUUUAUACAGGGAGGCGUCAUAUAUUACCUAGUGGACUUGUAGCUGUUGAAACAUACUUUGGAUGGACAAUAAUGGGGAAAUCUGCAAAUACAAGCCCAGUGUCACAAGCUAAUAUGACUUGUUUAAGUUUAUUUGUUAAUCCAUCCAUUACUGAACUGUGGGAGUUGGAUGUUUUGGGGAUUCAGGAGCCUAGUGAGAAGAAGUCCAAGGAGAAAUUGGCAUUGGCAGCGAAGGAGUUAUUUUUACAAACUGUACUCAUAAACCAAGAAGGCAGAUACGAGGUUGGACUUCCUUGGCUGGAAGGGCAUCCGUCAUUACCAGCUAAUUUUAAUGUGGCAAAACGUCGUUUACAUUCGGUCGUGUCCAAGCUCAAAAGAGAUAAUCUCUUUUCUCGUUAUAAUGAAGUAUUUCAGGAAUGGGAAAAUUUGAAAAUAAUAGAAAAAACAAAUAGUGACUCCACCACUGGACAUUUUUUACCCCAUCGACCUGUGUUAAAGGAGGGAUCUACGACCGCUGUGAGGCCAGUGUUUGACGCCUCAGCUAGAGAGAAAAAUAAACCUUCACUUAAUCAGUGCCUUGAAAAGGGACCAAAUCUGAUUGAAAGUAUUCCACUUUUGCUUCUUAAAUUUCGUAAAUUUGAAAUUGGAGUUGUCUCUGAUAUUAAGAAGGCUUUUUUGCAAAUAAGUGUCAAUAAAAAUGAUAGCGAAUUUUUAAAGUUUUUAUGGCUCAAUGAUAACGGUGAAGAAAUUGUAUUAAGACACAAAAGAGUAGCCUUUGGUGUGAAUUGUAGUCCGUUCUUACUUGGGGCUACCAUUGAUUACCACCUGUCGAAAUGCCUCGAAAGUUGUUCUUUACCUAAUGCUAAAUAUUCACAGGAAACCAUUGAGCGUUUAGCCAAAAGCUUCUACGUAGAUAAUUGCAUUUGUAGCAUGACCAACCGAGAGAGUUUAAACACUUUUAUUAGGGAAGCGGUUUCUGCAAUGUCUGAUGCGCAGUUUGAUUUACGAGGGUGGGAGUUUUCUGGAAACUCCGACAGUGAUAAUUUUUAUGUAAUGGUUCUGGGUCUUAAGUGGUUCACCAAAGGAGAUGUUUUGAAAAUUAACAGCGAUUCUUUGGAACCAGAUCUUUCCAUUGUUUACUUAACCAGUACCGUAAUAUGGGGUGAAUUCGAACGGGUUUUGGGGCUUUUUGAAUAUUGUGACGGCGUUUGA